UAUGAAUGUGUAUAACGCUCGUAAGUCGUAGUGAUUAUUAAUCGUUAUUUUAGACACUGGUCUUGAGGUUUUACCUAAAUUAACAAAAUAAAGAAUUAUUUUUAUGUUAGAAUAAAACGUUCUGUCUGUAUUGUAAGUACAUAAUGUCUUCAGAAACAGCUCAAGUUAGUUCGUUACCAUUGCCUCCUUUGCAAUAUAUUAAUUUUUAUACUGAUGAAAAUGUUCGAAGAAAUAGAGCGCCUUUGCCUCCAAGGCCUAUACAUGACUCUUACCAAAUGUUUGGACAUACAUUUAAUGCUGAUGAUACGAUAAUAAGAUCUCUAGAAAGCCAGGGAUUUCGACGCCUUUACCCAAUGCAUUUUGAAAGAAGACGAGAGUUGAAGAAAUUGAACCACUCAUUAUUAGCAAAUUUUUUAGACCUUUUAGAUUUAUUGGUUCAUUGUCCUGAUUCACCUAAAAGAGCAGAGAAAGUUGAAGAUCUGAGUUUAUUAUUUAUACACAUUCAUCACCUUUUAAAUGAAUUCAGGCCACAUCAGGCGAGAGAAACAUUAAGAGUAAUGAUGGAAUUACAAAAGCGUCAAAGAGUGGAAACCGCUAUGAGAUUUCAAAAGCAUUUGGAUAAAGUACAGGAUAUUUUACAAAAUGCACUUCAGAGCUUACCAGAUCAAAAUGAUAUGGAAUCCAACUUUAAAGUACCUGCAGAGAUAUUAGAACAUAUGGACUGUGGCCCAAUUGAUAGUGCUAAUCUAGACCCCUGUUAUGAGCUUGAUAGAAUUAUGUGUAAUGUAGUUGAUAAUAUGAGAUAAGUGAAUCUGGAAAAUAUGGCAUAUUAAUAAAACACUUUUUCAAAUUU